GUUGAAAAGCCCGAUGCCACGCCUUUUUUUUCGACGCAAAAAAGUAUGGUGCAAAAGGAAAUAGCAAUCUCCUAUAGAAGGACACAAAUACCCUCGGUCCUUGCCUAAUCUGUUGCGCUUCAUCUCCCCCGUCGGUGAUCUCUGUGUAGUGGUCUUCUAGAAGUGAUGAACGGAAAAUAAACCGGAGAGGUAGACGACGAGAACCAGUUAUUUUAAGGAGUCUUUAUUUUCACUCACUGGCAUAAGCAUGUAGAAUUCAAAUUUUGCCGGUUGUAUGUAUGCUUGUCUGCUUCUGGAUGCUGUAAAAUUCAAUACAAAAUCAUUCAUCCAUAAGGAAACGCUUUAUCAAAUAUGACGCAAAUCACCGCACCUCCACGGCAAGUGCAGCAGAGACCGCAGGUGGUAGAGGACAGCAGCGACAGCGAGGAAGAAUUGGAAUUCGACCAGGUAAUAAGCCGCUGUGGGUCGACAUUUUGCAUCGCAAGAGAAGACCUGUUUUUGUUAUGCAAGAAGCGCAACAUCCAUGAUGAAAUUACUAACAAAAAACCGGAAAUCAAGGUGAAAAUCCUCGUUCUUGGCGACGGUGCCGUUGGGAAAACAUCUUUGAUCCAGCGUUUUGUCAAUGACCACUUUGCGCAGAGCUACAAGCAAACCAUCGGGGUAGACUUUUGCACGAAGCGGCUCACCUUUGAGAAGCCGACGACCAAACAGGUGUGCCUGCAGAUAUGGGACAUCGGCGGGCAGAGCAUCGGGGGCAAGAUGAUCCAGAGCUACUUGCACAAGGCGGACGCAGUGCUCCUUUGCUACGACAUCACCUCUUUCCAGUCGUUUGAGAACCUGAAGGAUUGGCUCAGCCUCGUGAAGCAGCACUGCAACGCCGGCAGCAGCGAAACACCAGACGUGAACGACAACUUUCCUCACCUAGUGCUGGUGGGAACCAAGGCCGACUUGCAGCACUUGCGCGCGGUGAAGGCAAUACGGCAUACCCAGUUUUGCGAAGUCGAAAGGAUGAAGUACUUGCUGUGUAGUUUUUUGCUGACUUCGAGUUUUGACGUGCUCAUUCCGUCUUUAUUUUGUCCCUGUUCCUUUACGUUGGGUUUUGCGUUUUCCCUAAAUCUAACACUGGAGAAAGAACUAACCAACGAGAUCAGGAAUUGUCGCAACUUGUUCUCACUUCGUAUUAGCCAACAUGAUUUUCGGUCCACUCCAUGGAUGUCACAAUAAAUGCUCAGGUCCGCGCACUUUGUGAGCAGCAAGCUUUCGGAGGGCGUUGACACGAUGUUUUACAAAGUGGCCGCGGACUUGAUUGGCAUUUCGUUGACGCAGGCACAAGAGUCCGCUUACCAAAAGCCGGUCGUCGCCGAGAUCAUCGACCACCCCCGAAACGACCCAGCGCUGCCGGUCAUCAACGCGACGCACAAGGGCGCCCGCUCCGAAAGUAAGAAGAAAUGCGCAAUCAUGUAGGGGACAUACAUUGAUUCAUCUUCGAGCAGAACCCACGACGGACUCGGCGGCCGUGGGUCAUUGCGUCGACGUGUCUUUUCGGAAGUUUUUGGUCGUUUCUGAUCCUGUCGCAACGCUCGCUCCGCCUCUUGCGCCCGCCAGAGACAGCGAGGAGGCCCGACAAGGGGAAGCAGCCGCAAACGAUGAGCACCGGGAUCUUGGUAUUCAAGUCGACUGCAUCUUCAAACUGCGCGUCUGCGUUUCUCAUCAAUUUGGUUUCUGCCUGCGCGUCUGAGUUGCGGUUUUGGCCGCACCAUUCACUGCUGCGCCGCUCGCUUGGAUGGUCUUUCUAGCGGAGCUUGUUUCAUAGCUGCGGAGCGCCCACGGUAUGCGAAGUGGUUGCGUCGCACCUCCUCUAAAGCGGUCGCAAGUAGCUAGAGAGCUCCUGCAGAGGCACGCGCUGCAUGUACGAUCAUUCCAAAAGGCUUUGCAACCUUGCGCAAAUCAAGAAAGUUUCUCAUUGCUAGUCAUUCGAGUCGUUUUUUCGGCGGUGCGUCCAAAGAAAACGGCGCCAG